AUGAUUACCUACACCAUGCAUUGCGAGUUAGGCUUUAGCUUUGUGAUAUAUUACGAAACAGAUGCUCUGUAUAGCAACCAAUUGCAUAGCAGCAGACCUGUACUAGCAUUGAUGACUAGAUCUUACCGGUUGCCAUUCAUCCUCGGUUAUAACCUGGGGGCCAAGAAGCUCUACCUUGUCCUCGUUUACACUAGCCUGAUCGGCGUGGUCAUGACCCUGGCCGUCUGGGGGCUCUGCGAGGGCCUGGCCUACCCUCUUAUGUAUCUCUUUGUGGGCGACGGAGAGACGGAGCGGGCCAUUUCCGCCUUGGCCGUGCGGCUCGGGCUGGCCGGGCUUCCUCUCCAGCUGUUCGUGAGCAUCACCGUCUCUGUGUCGCAGAUGAAGCGGAAGACCGUCCUCAGCACGAUACUGCAGCUUACGCGAGCAGCCGUCACCAUCGUGUGCAUCUUCGUCCUGCCGCUCAUCAUCAAGGCGACCAAGAGCCAGAUCGACCCCGUGCACGGCAUCUUCAUCUCGCCCGCGGUCGGGGACGCCGUCUCUGGCCUGGUGUCCAUGAUCAUCUACAUCAAGUGGACCCUGGACUACAAGAAGCAGUGCGAGACAGCCUCCGACGAGUGA